CGUAGACGGUCCGUCCCUCAGGUUUCAGGGAUCAAUCACGAGGGUCAGUGACAAAGGGAGCAGCAGCGAAUUGACCUACCAGCGUCACUCAAACUAGUCUUGAAUGUAAUAGUAUGAGGUCAGCAGGUCAGCUGGUGCAGUUGAGCCUUCUCAGUGGUUUCCUGUGCCUGGCGGGGUGCUCGAAGUUGUACCAGACGGCUGGAAAUUACAACAAGAACGUGUCACCGGGGAAAUUUACGGGAAAACGAACGGACGUGUUUAUAUCGCUGUUCAUUAAUCGUGUUUCUGCAGUGGACGAAAGCAAAGAGGAGAUCUCGCUGGAUGUGUUCAUGAAUGUGUACUGGGAGGAUGUACGAGUCUUCAUCGAUAAUGACGUCAACAUAUCAGAUGAAUACGUGGAAAUCACUUGGGAAGACCGCCACAAAAUUUGGAUACCUGACCUUUAUAUUCGACAGCUUCGUGAUAUGAAAGUGCUUUCGCUCUUCCAAGAAAUGACUUCCAUCCGCUUGUAUCGGAACAACACUUUUCGGGUUAGCAUCGGUGCCUCUGUAAUCAUCAAGUGUGAUAUGGAUUUCGUCCUUUACCCCUUGGAUGUACAGAAGUGUGCUGUGGAUUUUAGUAGUUAUAAAUACACCAUGACGGACAUGAAUUUCAGCUGGCACUCGCCACCACUCAGUUUGCCAAGUGACUUUGGAGAUGGUUAUCGACUACCGAAGUAUGUCGUAUCCUUUACCACGGAAGACAAGAACCAGAUUAUACAUUACGGCGAGGGCAAUCAUUCAACUGCUAGAAUGAACAUUAUAAUGAGAAGAGAGCUCCGGAGUUACUUGCUGGAGAGCUACUUGCCAAGUUCAUUGUUUGUCAUUAUGUCUUGGGGAAGUUUUGUGGUGAUUCCUGACAUGGUGCCUGGCAGAAUGGUACUCCUAGUUACCACACUUCUCUCCCUUGUCACCAUGUUUGACACAGUAAGAAAUAACUCACCAAAUGCAUUGGAACUAAAAUGCAUUGAAGUAUGGCUCAUAUCCUGCACACUGUUUGUGUUCUUCGCAUUGCUGGAAUACUUUGUGGUGUUGUUCGGAAUCCGUUAUGAUAAAUUCUGGCGCCACAAGAAACAAGACUUAGAGAGGAUAAAUGCAACAACCUGGGAACGUCCCAAUGAAAAUUCUCAGCCAGCACUAGCAGCAGUAGCAGCAGCUGCAGCUGCUGCUGCAUCUAGUAACAACACUAAUGCUAACAAUCACCAUUGUCCCCCACAAUUACCUCCAUUGUUGCAUCAUCGAGCCACUAAUAACCGAGUGGAUAACUUGAAGUUAUUUGGUGGCAGCAGUAAAAUUAUGCCCCAGGAGGAGAUGCAAGAUCACCAUACUAAAGAGAUGGCCUCACCUCGAUCAACAAUAAUUAGGGAUCGACAUCCUGCUGGGGGUGAAGGCCCAGAACCACCAGCCAGGCGGAAGUUCCGGAUGGUAGCUGAAUUUGUGGUUCUUUAUUGUGGUUCACAACGAGGAAUGGUGGAUCAGGUUUCCUUGGUACUCUUCCCCAUUUGCUUCAUUCUUUUCACAAUUAUAUAUUGGAUAUCAUAUGUGAGUGAAUCAAGAAUACGUGCAAAUGUUUGACAGAAAAUGUUAAGCAUUAUAAGAUACAAGAAGUUCAUUUUCAUAAUUUCAAGAAUACUGUGCAUCAGAGCCUGACAUAAGAUUAGUGAAAUCUGUGCAGUGAACAUAAUACUGAAAUAAGUAAAAAAGUGUUACACAAAGACAUAAAAUAAGUGCAGUAUGUUCUGUAAAAAGCAGACAACUCAUUAUCAUUACUAGAGUAGUUAAAAUUUUGCAAGUAAAAUGUUUUAUUUAAAAAGAGAACUCUUUUCUAAAAUAUUCUGACCAAGUAAUUAAAAUUACUUUGCAACAUUUAAAAUUACAAGUCUCUUCCAAAUUUCAAUCAGAUUUUCUUAGUAAUUUUAAGACAAUAUAUGACAUCAAAGUUUGAAUGUGUACAUAAUAUGAUUCUCACAAAUGAGUUUCUUUAAAUUUAUCUUAGCUGUAGUAUUUUUUCCAAUAAUAAUUGUCAAUUUACUAUUUAAAAAUAUUUUCUACUGUCUUUCAGCAUAAUUCAAAUAAAUAUAGAAUACACAUUCCAUCAGAAAUCAUCAUGCAACCAUCCAUAUUGUGCCUUUUUGAACACUAACGUUAAGGGACUCCUGGAGCACCACAGCCAACAAUCAUCAUUAAGUUGUAAUAAUUUUAAUAAGUUGUUAAUCAUUGUUAUAUAUACCAACAAGUGCC